UAUCACAGAAGGCGACAUGUUGAUUUUUUUCUAGGUUCUGUGAAGCCGAUACGAGAUCGCUGUCAUUUCUACAAAAUGUCUUUGUAGUUAUCAGGGUGUAGGUCAUUUAAUUGUAGUCUUAUUAAGUAAUUUGUGCUAAUUUUCGUAUGUUAAACGCAUUGCAAUUAAAAAGAAGAGGAUCCGCUCCACCCGAAAUAGGGGUUUGAGAUGCAACUAGUGUCAGUGAGUUCGAGAUUAUAGAAGUGCGAGUGAGGUAGUGCGGACUGUGAUGAUGCGGGCGCUGUGAGCGGGCAGAGCUUCACCACGGCUUCGUCUGUGGCGGGAGGCGCGCGGGGAGCCGAGUCUCCUUCGCAGGCCAACCAGGACACCGUGGAUAACGCAACUCCCACCUGCUGAGCCUUGGUGCUUCACUCAUUCACAAAAGUCUUUUAACCAUGUGGGCGGCGUGGUCUGCAAUGGGGUGCUUCGGCUCACCGGGCGGCAAGAGCGGCGGCGACAGCGACGAUCUCAAGUCGCAAAAGCGUCGCAGCGAUGCUAUCACGCGGCAGCUGCAAAAAGAUAAACAGCUAUACCGUGCGACGCACCGGCUACUUCUGCUCGGCGCCGGCGAGUCCGGCAAGUCGACCAUAGUCAAGCAAAUGCGCAUCCUCCACGUCAACGGCUUCUCGGACAAGGAGCGCCGCGAGAAGAUCGAGGACAUCAAGAAGAACAUCCGCGACGCGAUACUUACAAUUACGGGUGCGAUGAGCACCCUAACACCGCCCAUACCGCUUGAGAAGCCGGAAAACAAGGCGCGCGUCGAUUAUAUACAAGACGUGGCGUCCCAGCCGGACUUCGACUACCCGGCGGAGUUCUACGAGCACACGGAGCAGCUGUGGAAGGACCUCGGCGUGCAGCGCACCUACGAGCGCAGCAACGAGUACCAGCUCAUCGACUGUGCCAAGUACUUCCUGGACCAGGUGCACAUAAUCAAGCAGCCGGACUACACGCCGACGGAGCAGGACAUCCUGCGCUGCCGAGUGCUAACGUCGGGCAUAUUCGAGACGCAGUUCGUCGUCGACAAAGUUAAUUUCCACAUGUUCGACGUGGGCGGUCAGCGCGACGAGCGACGCAAGUGGAUCCAGUGCUUCAACGACGUGACGGCCAUAAUCUUCGUGACGGCCUGCUCGUCCUACAACAUGGUGCUGCGCGAGGAUCCCACGCAGAACCGCCUGCGCGAGUCGCUGGACCUGUUCAAGAGCAUAUGGAACAACAGAUGGCUCCGCACGAUAUCAGUGAUACUUUUCCUGAACAAGCAGGACCUUCUAGCCGAGAAGGUGUUGGCCGGCAAGUCGCGCCUCGAAGAAUACUUCGCGGAGUUCGCGCGCUACCAGACGCCGCCCGACGCCGCGCCCGACGCGCGCGACCACCCCGACGUGUCCCGCGCCAAGUACUUCAUCCGCGACGAGUUCCUGCGCAUAAGCACGGCGAGCGGCGACGGCAAGCACUACUGCUACCCGCACUUCACGUGCGCCGUCGACACCGAGAACAUCAAGCGCGUGUUCAACGACUGCCGCGACAUCAUCCAGCGGAUGCAUCUGCGGCAGUACGAGCUGCUCUAACCGGCCCGAGAUAAAGUAAUGUCAAGCGCAGUUCGCCCCGCGCCGCACCGCCCGCCCGCGGCCCGCCGCCGCGCGCUACCCGCCGGCUGUCGUGCGACCAUGUCGUCCGACGUGGUCGGCAGACUAUGUCGCCUGACGAGGUCGGCAGACUAUGUCGUCUGACGCGGUUGGCAGACUAUGUCGCCUGACGCGGUCGGCAGACUAUGUCGCCCGACGCGGUCGGCAGACCCAACACCUUCGGUACGAAGAUAUUGGUCCUUAGUGUUUAGUGUCAGCGGUGAUUUGUAAACUUGUACUUCGCAAACCAAUUUCGAUAUACUGACUUGUCUAUAUUUGUCUUUGUGAGUAAAAUAGUUAAUGUUUUGCAUAUCGGAAUAGUUUUGUGGAGUAAGGUUUCAGGUUGGUAAGUCGAUUAAUCGUGAAUUUUUCGUAUGAUCAGGUUGGACUUUUCAUUUGAUUCCUAGUAAAAAGUCGGGUCAAGAUUAAUUUGGGAAACUAUCGUUUUUAUUGCGUCAAGUAAGUUUAAAAAAAUUGGUCGAUAACAGAAAGAUAGUGAUUUUUAUUUAUUAUACAAAUAAUUAAUUCUAGUCAGGCUUCAAUUCAAUUAAAAAUUUAAUUACCAACCGAGUCCGAAAUAUACACGAUGAUUGACGUACGCCUACAGUUGACAGAUGACGUCACACGUCACGUUGACAAGUCACUAGAGCGCGCGUCGCGCGUCACAGCGCGGGCCGGCAAAGUGUUAAUGCGCGUUGUGCCUAAUGUAUGUUCGUUAUAGUCAAACAGGAUAAUUUUUACGUGUAUUUAUUAAUUUACUUUUAGUCUGCAUCGUUUAGUUACCAUUUUUAAUUGUUCCUUCAACUCGAGUUCAUUGCAUUUAGUGUCAUGUCGGAGUAUUGAUUGUCUGUGCCAAAAGACGUUUGGUGCACGUAUUCGAUUGUUUUAAUUAUAAUUCUUUGACGUCAUUUAAUACAUAUGUAUCUGCCGAAACUAGUCAUUUUUAAAUCUUGUAAAUAAGGUGCAAUGGAUUCGCUUGUGGGACAUUUUUAAAUCGACAUUCAUCACAAUUUGUUUUAAUGUUUUUUUCUAUGUUUUAAUUGACGAACACAUACAUUGGUGCAAUGCGUACGCGCACUCCACAUAGUGCAUAGUACCCUCGCCUCCUGAGCGGUCGCUGUGAUCUUUCCGGUAAGAAGUGUCGUUCGAACUCGUGAUAGUCUAAAUAUUUGCUUGAAAUUCCCUUUUGAAAUCGAUUAUGUUCUUUAAAACCGUUCCAAAUUGAAAUGUGUAUGUGUUUAAAAAUGAUAUCUAAGGUGUUCGGAAUAAGAAUCAAGAUAGCACUAAGCAACGGCGCCCUUUACAUUCUGUAUUGGAACUAAAAUGCCGUUAAUGAAAUUAUUUUUAUUUUUAGUACCUUAUAAAGGUAUUCAACGUUUGAGUCAUUGUUUUAUGGAUUUUUUAAAAAUAUUUAUUGGAAUUCCAAGCAAAUAUUAAACUUUAGUCUUUAGAGAAAUCUACAACGCAAUAAUUGAGAAUACCUUGUAAGGUAAAAUGUAUUUAAGAGCUUCGACGGUUUGAACGACACUUUCGUACUGUCCUUAUGUCGUUCGCAUGGUGUUUCCGAACGUACUCGCCUUUACCGAUACUGGCAACCAUUCGUCUUUAUAAAAUAAAAAAGCUGCUACGUUCUUUUUUUGUUUUGUGGCUGUCAAAUUUUUAUUGGCCGAAAAGAGUUACACGUCUGUAAAAAAAAGAGGUUUAUUUUUAAUCUGUCAGCAUCUGAUUUUUUUUUAUUUCACUUUACAACCAAAGGAAUUAUUUAUACAGGUGCUAGUUUAAAGUGUAGUCGAGGAAAAUAGUUAUUGUUUUCGAUUAGGGUUGACUCUCCGUGAAAACCGUAGCGGCGUGAUUUGUGUGUCGUUAUUCCGACGAUUGCGUUCGACUGUAUCGGUUGGUGCAUUAACGGGUCAGAUUUAUUUAGUCAAAAUGUUGCUAAAUCGUUAUUUUUAUAAUUAAAUGUGCGGCAGGACGGCUCUCGCUGGUUAGAGUAUUCAAAGGCUCGAAUGUCCUAAAAAUAUUUUUAAGAACUUGCAAUAUGUAAAAAUAUAUCAGUCUCUAUGGUUUGUUGUAAUCCAUAGAGGUAAUUUAGUCUAUGGUUGGGAUAGAAGCUAUAGAUAAAGGGGAAUGUGUCUGUGUAAAGUUGCAAUUACUUAAAAGUAAUUUUAUAAUAGUAAAGGUCAUCUUGAAAAUCCGCAAGGCUUUGUACAAACUGGCUACAAAGUUUGGCUUUGUAUGAAACAUAAACUGGCCUGAGAUUAAAAUGUAGUCGUCUUUUUCUAAAGUAGAUUUAGAAAGAGAAAUAUCGUUCUUGUUUACAUCUAAAGCGAGUUGGCAGUGAGUACAUCGACAUUUUCUGAAUGCUAUCUUUAAAGCACAAAUUUUAUUUUUUCUAUACUAGUCUUAUAUUGUGUUCUUUUUGUUAAAAUUUUGUAACUAUGCACAAUUUCUUUUGCUACGCUACAUUUUAUUUCCAUUUGUAUUCACUGCCAAAAGCAUAAGAUGAGAUCGCGAACCAUAUUUAUAUUAAGGAUCAUCCUUUAAAAUUAAAACGAUAAUUCUCCGGGAUAGGCGUAGUAUUUCACUCCCACUUCAAUUUCGGGCACUAUAUGAGCUUAGUUAAUUGAAUAACUGCAAAUAAAAUAAAAUAAUCCAACAUAAAUUGCGUCAGGAAUAUUAUGAACUAUGCAAUGAUUUAACAUAAACCGCGUUUUUCUGUGAUGAUCAAUAAAUUAACAGGUUUUUUAAAAACUGACGUUUUUUGUUUUCGGAAAUUGGCAUCAUUUUAUUUUGUGACGUAAUUUUUAAGGAUUUGCAAUUUUUUUUACAUAGAAUCUUUUUGCGUGCAUAAUUUUAUGCUCAAAAUUAUUAUUUAUUUUAAAAAUGACCGUGAAAGUCCCUGCGCAGUUAACUAUAGCAAAAUAUACAAUCAUGUAUAGCUUUUAUGUUUUUAAUCUAAUCCUGACUUGUCACAUUGUUAUGUCUGUAUAUUUUUGAUUGCUAUUAUUAUUUUUUUCUAUUUUUAUUUAGUUCUAUAUAUUUUAAAUAUCUAGUUUGUGAUUAACUUCGUCAUUAUUUUGCGUUGGAUAAAUAUUCUUGUUUAAUUUUAUUUUAGUUUAUAUGAAUUGUAUGUCUUCCAAUGAACCUAUAGUUUAAAUAUAGUUUUGUUUUACGUAUUGACUUAGUUCUAGUAGCUAUCGUUUAAUUUUAGCACAAUUUUUGACUAAAAUUGAAAAUAUGUAAUACGGCGAGAGCUUUGCUACGUAGGUUUAACUUAGGUUAUUUAUAUUUUUUAAUAUUCAGAGCUUUUAGUGUAAUUUUAAGGUCCAAAGAUUCAUGAGCGACGCCCGUAUCUGAUACGGACCGACGAAUAUCGUUAAGCAGUAUUUGAUUUGAAUGUUUCGAAGAAUAUUCGGAGAUAGUUAUAUAAUAUUAUACGUUUUUCUUCGUUUUUAAGGUGGACACAAGCAUAGCCCUAAGUACAAAAUGUUACUAACUAAAAUGCCCUAACGUAAUUUGUAACGAAUAAUAUAAUUAUUAUUUAUGGAAUUGGUUAUGUACUUACCCUUACGCUCUUAGAGAAUAUUCGUAAUAUAAAAAAAAUCUAUCUUAUUUCUCUUUUAUUAGUUGAAAAAUGAAUCUGAAGUGUCUAUUUACAAAGUUUUGGAAGAUAAGUUAUUUUUCCUAGUUCGUGCUAUGUCGUGGGCAGGCGGCCAUGUUCUAUGGGUAUUAAACUAUUUAUUCUUUAGUUGUCUUCUCUUCCAGCACCGGGUAUCGCCUGCUCAUCGUAUAGUCAUUAUAGAAAAUUUAUUAAUGAAAUCCUAUUUUUUAUUUUAGACAGAAAAAUAAAUGUUUAAUGAAUUGUUAUUAAUUAUUUAGCUUUACCUAUGUAUGGUCCUUAAUAUAAGAAUGUUAAAGCUGGAUUAUUUGUGUAAUGUGCCAUAAUGAAGUGUUGCCAGCGGAAACACCAUACACUAAUGUUACCAUAUUGAAAAUAUCGUGUUUAGUAUGAACACUGAGCAAACUGAGAAUUCCUUCCUAUCUUGUAAAGUAACAAAUCGCUAUUUUUUGCUUUUUAAUCUUAACACUUAUCGUUAUUUUUUGAAAUAUAACUAUUGAAAUUGUAUUUUUUCUUUUUUUUUGGUUAGUUAAGUUUCACUUUGAAUGUAAGUAGGAAAGAAAAUAUAACGUACAUUUAAAAUAUAAAGAAGUAUGUUAAUUCAUACAUGUUGCUUUGUUUGGAGGUCGCCCUUUUAUUUUUGGUAGCUUGUCGUCAAUUAGGUAGGCAGACUAAUCGUUGUCAAGGCUCAUACAAAUCUCCAUACGAUAAUAUUACGCGCAUAAAUUCUCAGAAACCACUCAAACGUCACUCUAACGAAAUAGACUAAAAUAUCACAAAGGUUAGGUCCUACGUCUUUGUCUAAAAUGAUCUGUGUUGCCAGUAAUUUUCGACGUUCUGUGCAAUAUGGCGACCUCCCAACAGCACGAAUCAACCCAUUAUAGAAUCAUUGUGUAAUUAAAGUUAACAUGGCAUCUUAAACUUAUUGUAUAUGUAACUUAAAAAGUAAAACUAUUUGGUAGCUAUUUUAAGUAAGUUUUAGCGUAUCGCAAAUGAUAUGGAAUGCAAAAGUAACAAAAAAAUAUUAUAUAUAAUAAUAAUAAUUGUAGACUGCUAAAAGUUGUGACGGUUUUUUUCUCCUUGCAGUUCUACUUUCCAGUCGGAUGCAAAUUAUUUGGUGGCGCGAAAAUUUGAACUCGUCGCAUAUUUUUUACAGUUCACAGACAAAAUAAAUUACAAUGUUGCCAUAAUAAUUAUUCUACGUCAAUACAUGGAUUCUAUUCGUACCUAUUAUGUCCCUAUUUGAGUAUGUGAUCAGUUCAAACGUUCGCGCUGUACCAAAAGGAACAUACUGGCUAUAUUAGGUGCCGAAAAGUUUUUUAUUAAUAUUUUUCACAUCCAAGACGAAUGCUAUGCAGUGAGAGUUGUGUAAAGUGUAUAAAUGAAUCACGAUAAUUGUAUGUAUCCGCAAUUAAAUUAAAGAAUGCCUUUCCACAC